GUAUCUAUACAUUGUAAACCAAAUAUUAUUUUUUUCAGAUAUUGAAAAAUAAUAUGAAUGAUAUCAAAAACAACAAAGUUUCUUUUAACAUAGUCCCCAUUACAGAUAAUGAUAAACAAAUUAUGCGGAAUUCGUUAAGGCAGUAUUUUUUCCGCGAUGAACCUUUAUGUGCAAGCUUAGGAUUAAUAAAAGAAAAAGAAUCAUUAAUACAAUUUGAACAUUUUUGCACUGAUUUAAUAAAAUAUGGAGUAUCGUUUAUGGCAAUAUCUGCAGAGACAGGUGAAAUGAUGGGUGCCGCGUUGAAUAGCACAGUGUGCAGGAGUAACGAAAUAAAACAAUACGGUGACGAGAACAAAAGUUCGAAAUAUAAUGAUAUUAUGGUUAUCUUAGACAAAGCUGGACGAGAAACUGAUGUUUUUGGGCAGUAUCCAAACAUAGAUCGUAUGAUGGAGUUAAAGAUUAUUAUAGUUAAUGAGGAAUAUAGAGGACUUGGGAUUUGCAAAGCCCUCAUCAAUAAGUCUUUUUCUGCAAAAAGAAUUGGAUUGCUAAUAUACGUGGCCACGCAGGGAGAAGU